AUGUCCACUCCACGUCGUAUCACGGCUUGUGCCUGGGCACGGGCACUAAAGAGGAUCAGAGCUUACCGACUGUCAAUUUUCAAUUGCUGCGUCUUCUGGUGCUGCGAGAUCCUCAUUCUUAUCAUCAUCAUUGUCAUUACACAGCACGGCACACUGGGGCUCGCCGGACGCAAGCCCAUGAAUCCAAGCUUUCCUACUUCAAGACCUUCAUCCAUGGCCACGACAUAG